AUGGAAGUCACCAAGAAGGUGGGGGACCCUGAUCCAUCAGACCCCCAGGGCCACCCCUCAGCCGGCAGCCAGCAGCUGGGGGAUGGGCUCAAAGGGUCCCAGGGACCAUGGAUAAACUCAGGGUCCACAUACUUUAGGCAGGGAUUGUCACUGUCCCCCAAAGCUGAGGCUGACAUUGAUGAGACCUCUGGCCCAGCCUCCCAGGCCCAAGCUCCCGAGCCCAUUCAUCGGCUCUUCUGGGACCUUGCUGAGGUCAGCUCACAGUGUGGCUUUGAGCAGGCCACCCAGGAUGUCCUGAGACUCUCCGCCACUAGCCCAUUUUCAAGCCCCAUCGUGGAAGCUGAAGUGCAUCUCACCAUGGAGAAUGAGACCCUGGCCCUCCCCUUGUGCAUGCGCAGGGAUAGCUCCAAUGACCUGCUCCAGCAUGGAAUCUGCCGCUCCUGGCUUCAGGUGCAAGAUGAGAGGGAGGGCAAGACUCCAGCUAAAGUCCUGGUAGGCUGGGGCAAAGGGCCCAGCAGCAUCGACCAGACGGCCCCCUUAGGCAAUAGGACAGGCCAACAGGUUCUCUGUUUCCCUUCAGAGGAGAAUGGCAUAGCUGCAGCCCAAGACCAGGGCCAGGGCAAGUGGCCAAGUCUGGCUCAGGCUCCUCCAACUCCAACUCAAGCAAAUACUCCAGCUCUGAAUGCCACCCCAGUGGUUGAACCUCACACCCCCAACCCCAACCAACUGACCAGUAGCACUACCAUUACCAACGGCUUGUCCCAAGACUGGCUCAGGGAGUUUGGCAACCAAUUGUCAGAGCUCUUGGAGUCUUCCAAAGUGGUCGCCUGCCAGGACAAAGUGAAGUCCAGUUCUCAAGAGAAGCUUGCCACUCCAGGAUCCCCUCCAGGACCAAUUCCGCAAGAGUCCCUAGACCAUGCCCAGGAGCUCGAAGUUGUCAGAAGACAAGUGUUACCCAAGCAGCCUGAGAACCCAGCAGAGAAGUCACUGUUCAAUAUCUCCGAGCCAGACAACUCAACGCCAGUCUUAGGAAUGCCAGGCUCCCCCAAGUCCCAGAGGUAUAGCCAGGAGAUCUCCAGCUCUCAGCCCGAAAAGCAGCCCCUCAAUGUCAGCAACGAUACCUGCUCCAGGCUGCUCUCUUCCCGCCCAGUAACCUGCCACAAGCAGUCCCCAGUCCAGUCUCCCAAAGAAGCCAUGCAGAGUGCCCCCUCCAGUGCUCCUACCUGCCAGCUCCAGGGCAUGGUGGAAGACCAUGUGCUGGUGUUUGAUAUGGCCACAGGCAGCACCAGGAUGGGACUGCUGUGCCAUGACCCCAUGGGUUCACGCGCAGUACUGGUGGGCCUCGCACCCAAACCCUCAUCCGUUUAUGCCCCUGAAAAUAUGCCGUCCACUCAGCCGUUGGCCAUGCCCACUGUCUCCGCUGACAGCAAUCGCUCCAUCUUCUGGCCCGUCACGUCAGUGCUGUCCACUCCCGUGCCUUCCAGCCUCUCAUCUGGCAGCUACGGAGAGGUGGCCCUGGUUCCCAAGGAGGCUAAGCUCAACCUGGAGUCACAGGCCUCCCCUGGUACUAAGACACCCAUCAGGGUGGGGAUGCUCACUGGGCCCGUUCCAUUGGGGAUGCCCCACCAAUUUGAUGAGAGGACAUUGAACCAUGUCCAUGAUCCUGGCCAGUCCAAACCUGAUGCUAAAAAAAAUGAACCUAGUCGCACCAUCUGGAUGCUGGAUGCUUCUGGGAUGCAGGACACCUCUAUGGGCCAGGCCAAGAAACUGCAGUGGAUGAACUCAGAGCCGACCCCAGAGACUGCUCCUUCAGCCAAACCCCAGGAGGCACCCAAAUCCCUGCUCCAGGAAGAUCUAGGCAGCCACAACUGGAAAGAGGUCAAUAUGGCUCACCCUGACAACUCUCAGGAUGAAAGCACUAGGCAGGCCCCCCUGGGUGGUCAGUCCCCACUAGCUGAGCAGCAUCUCCUCUCUGAACAGCCACCUCCAACUGGUCAGCCUCCUGCUGCGCAGUACCCCUUCCCCAGGCAGACACAUCCUUCUGGACAGCCCCCUCUAGCUGAGCAGCCCCCCUUUGCCAACCAGAUCCCAUUUCCUGGUCAGCCCCCUCUCACUGGGACCCCUCUUGCCGGGCAGCUUUCUCUCACUGGACAGCCUCCCUUUUCCCAAGAACUCAUCUCCAAAGAGCCCAUCCUCUCAAGAGGCCCCCUCAUCACCAGAGAGGCUGGCCAGGCCUCCACCCUGUGCCAGGAAGGUGAGGCCUUGGGUCUGCCCGCCCAUGUGGGGGUACUUCGGGUACCCCAGGACCUGGAAAAGGCCUGUGUCUAUGUAAGCAGAGAAGAGAUGGGCAUCAGUGCCCCUCUAAGCUCCAGUACACAUUGGCUCUCAUCCUGGCAACCGGGCAGCUCUCACAGGGUCCUGGAGGAACAGCUGUCCCUGAUCACAUUCACCACACCUGGCACUGGCUACAAGGUCUUGCCCAUGGCCAUGGUGGGCACUAUGCCCCAGUGUACCCGGCUCAAGCUGACAACUGAAGACAGUACAGGCCCAUCAGUGGUCACGAACCUUGGUCUGCUCAGCGACACCUACUACAGCUUGCCAGUCCAGUACCCACCGCUCUGCUCCCAAGCACAGGGCCGCUGCCAGGGCAAGGCAGCUGUGGUGAUCGACACAGGCACAGGCUUCACCAAGUGCGGGCUGGCGGGGGAGGACCACGUUCUCAGCGUGGUGCCCUCACGUGUCCAGCUGCUGCAGCAGCCCGCCCGGGACCAGCCCAGGUAUGUGAUGCCUCAGAACAGAGGGGGUGCCUACACGGUGCUGAAUCGAGGAGUGGUCUCCGACUGGGAUGCCCUAGAGGUGCUGUGGCAGCAUCUGUUCUACUGCAAACUGGGCAUGAAGCCUGAGGAGCUGGCCGUGCUUGUGGCCGACUCGCCUGUCUCACCGCGCACCAACCGGGAGAAGGUGGCCGAGAUACUCUUUGAGUGUUUCCACGUGCCAGCCAUGCAGACCGUGCACCAGGCCCUCUUGGCACUCUAUGCUUACGGGCGCACUACUGGCCUGGUGCUGGGCAGUGGCCAUGGCACCUCCUACGUGACUCCCAUCCUCACCGGGGGUCUGGCCCCACUUGACACCUACAGGCUGGAUGUGGCCGGCGCCGACCUCAGCGAAUACCUGUCUCAGCGAUUGCUGGCACGUGGCCACUCGCUGCCCGAAGCAGGGCUGGUCAACCGCAUGAAAGAGACCUACUGCUACGUGGCACUGGAUAUGAAAGUCGAGAUGGCCCACCCCAAGGCCCGGGCGCAGGUGGACUUCGUGCUUCCGGACAAGCAGGUCAUCACGCUGGGCUCUGAGCGCUUUUGCUGCCCUGAAGCGCUUUUCCAGCCCCAUCUGCUCGGCCUCAACCAGCCCGGCCUCCCACAGCUAGCCCUCCUAAGCAUCAGCCGGCUGGAGGCCAAACAGCAGGAGCAGCUGCUGGCCAACGUGGUGCUGGACGGCGGCAGCACCCUGCUGAGCGGCUUUCCUGAGCGCUUGGGAAAGGAGCUGGGCCCUCAGGCAACUGUCCUGGGCUCUCCCCACCGCGCGGUUGCCGCGUGGCUUGGUGGCUCCAUCAUGGCAUCCCGGGACUCCUUCCAGAGCCUGUGGCUCAGCCGCCGUGAGUACGAGGAGGAGGGCCCAUGGGCCAUCUACAAGUACCAUCUAUGA